CCUACCUUUAUCCCCCGGACUCGAUGCCAAUACGUGGUUUAGGUUCUAGCAGCUCACCUAUCAUUAUUUCCGACGACGAAGACGCGGCCAUCGUCGAAGCGCAACUUCUCCUACCUGCUGGAGCAUCUGACGAUAGCCUACCCGAGGUUCUCCAGUUUCACAACGCGCGGGGACCCCCUAGCUAUCUGAAAAAAACAAGAGGCUAUAGAAUGGCUCUGAAGAUGGGAUAUGUCCCUGGUCGUGGUCUUGGGCGUGUACUCGAUGGACGUACCGAGAUGGUCCCUUCGACAAAACGCAAGCACGUUGAAGAAGUGGGUAUAGGGUACCUUGGCGAACGUCCAUGUGAAGAACCAGAUGACGAACUGGAAGAAGGGCAAGUUGUCGAAGAGGAAGUUGUGGUGCAGUCCCCUCCCAAGAAGCGAAAAAAGUCCAAGCGUCCGGCGAUAGCAACAGAUUCGACCCAGCUACCCCGAGCGGCACGACUUCAACAUACCCUUACUAAUCCUUCGAGAAAGUACCCCAAGAACGCGGCCGCUGGGCCUAGUCGUCCUCGGAGCGUUUCCGGACUCCCUGAUCGUCCCCCGAACAAUGCUCCACAACGUCCCCCCCAUCACCCCAAGCAGGCUGCUGCCAGAAAUCCCGAUCGACCUCGACCCUCUGCUGUUACCGUUCAGUCGAACCCUGUCUCACAACCUGAUACUGUUGGCCUAUCUGCGGCACCUGUCGAAGACCCUUCUCCGAGCUCCCCCCAUGAACCACAAACACCCGUAUCUGCUUUAGGUUCCCAACAGGAGGAAUUACCUGAUUUUUUCCCUCCAUUCGGACACGACCUUGGUCCCAUGUCCCAUGACAUGUUUGCACUGCCCUUCAACUUUCCCCAAGAAUUUCCUCCCUUCGAGCCUGCCUUCAAUGGUGAUUUCCCUAUGUGGCCUCGAGGGUCUCCUCCGCUGGUUACUCCUGAAUUCGAUAUGAACGGCUUUCCCUUCCCUCCGGUGAUGCCAUGGCCAGAUUUUCUGUACAAUUUCAGCGGUCCUUUCGAGCAACCCAUGCCUUCCGAAACCUCCAACAUCAAUACCAAGAGGGAGAAGAAGAAGCAGUCGCCAGCGCAAUCAAAGUCUCCUGUAGCUCCUCAACGACAGUCCCAUCGGCGACAAAUCGGCGCCAGUCGCAGUGCCGCGAGCCAAGGUGUUUUCACACAACCCCUGGAACGAAUACCUGAUCCCCUGCGCACGCUCGUUCUCGAGCGGAUCCCUCCGAAGUAUCGCACUGUCAGAUGGGUUAAAGAUUCGUGGGCUAGUGCGAGCAUCAAUCAGCCAACGACGCUUGUUGAGGUGGAUUUCAGCGCUGGCAAGGCUAUCGUUGAGUUUGUUAGCGUGCCGGCGGCACAUGGGGCGUACUACAGCAAGCGGCUGACGGGAAAGGGAAAAGGAAACAUCAGUGCCUUCUGGUUUGAUCCGGCUGGUGCACGAAUCACUGCGAGCGGAGUGGUCGAUGAACACGAUGGUGGAAGAAACGUCACAGAAGAGGCUGCGGAUGGCGCCAGCAACGUGUCACUUAGAGAAUUCGUUGCUCGGCAGAAAGGCAUAGGCAACAGUCCCGAGGCUACUAAACCCGCUGUCCCGCUGCCCGAACUUCACGACAUUCAUGAUGUAGACUCGCGAUACAGCGACAUAGCCUCGAGUCUUACAGUUGGGCAAAGUCAGGCCGCCGCCGCCGUUUCAAACACCCUAAACUCCAGUCACACCCCAUACCCGAGAGCAUUAUCUCCCGAAGAUAUGGAUCUCUCCCCCACUGAUGGCCAAAGCGGAACCUCCACAUCGACACUUUCCUCAAGUGCUCAGCCUUCUAUGGGUGAUGUGCUUCGGAUAGGACUCGAUGACACCGCCGUUGCGUCUAUGUCGCAUAUGGACGUUGAAGCGUCCAACGUUUCAUCUCUUGCAGGUUUGGCGAACACCGCUGGUUCGGCUACGUCGUAUACACCUGGGCACCCCAAGCUCAGUGCAGCUAUAGGGUAUGAUCCGAUACCCACCGCAUCGUCAAACGACCGUCCUAUUCAUCCACUUCCGCCACGCCCUCCUUCAUCGGUUUCCAUCCCAAUUCCUUCAGAUAGACGACCUUCGACCACGGCAGACGCGAUGUUAGCCGAGAACCCAGAGGCUCCCGUGCCGUCUUCGCCAACUUCUUCGAAUGCUCAACCAUCGCAAGUUGUUCCCCCGACAAACAGUAGCAGCCAGCUUGAGCUCAGUCUACGGCAGCGCGUUCUUGCGUCACGCAAAACCAAGGCCCCAUCUUCCAAUGUGUCAAGCCCUUCUCCAGCACCUCCGCUUUCUAAUUUGCCCGCCAAUGGCUUGCCUACAGCCCCUAUCAACAACCUGUCAUCAAUAAGCAUAUCUAUGGAAGAUCUCGCCAUUUCCUUCAUCAAGGAGAGCAUCGAGGCCGUCCGUACUGUGCCAGCGCUGUCGAUCAAGCAGCAGCUUGAGAUGAAGCAGCGCCGGCUUGAACAGUACAUUGCUCAAAGCAAGGCUUUAAUGGCAAAGUUGGCCACGGUUCGGACCAAACCCGAGCGCGAGGCGCUCAUGAAGGAGUUGCGAAACAUCAGCCGGAUGAUCGAUGAUACAAAUGCGGAGAGCGUACAGUUGCCAACGCCCGCGGAGAAGCUACCAUCGUCGCGGUGGUGGCCGUCUCUGCCGGAGGAGAGUAUGGUGCUAGAGCUGAGCGACGAUGAAGAAGACGCCGACGAGUGACCCACAUCUUAGAUUCAAAGGUAGGCUGGACUGUUGUUGCGGAGCGCUUGUGCGUCUGCUUCAGGUCCUUUUUUGUUUUACACGGCAUCGUGGAUUGCGUUUUCUUGGCGUAUCACGGGCUUCUCGGAGCCACGUACCCAUUUAUUGUAUGCAUCUUUAGUUUUGUUGGCUUAUUUUGAAUUUCUUGGUCCAUGUUCGAUGCAUCGAUAUCUAUGUAAUCUCCCUUGGUAUCCUCACACGUUUUGCGUACUGCACAUAUUUAUCUGUUUCAGCCUCGGUACUGCGUGCAGAAGAAUGGGAAACCCACCCUUAAGCUUCUGCACGGCUCUCACAAUCUCUGCAUUCGCUUCGCAAUCCAUGUUCCUCAUACCACCGUAUAGCAUGUAAUGCAGCGUAUCGAAUGCAUUUAUU